AAACACCCAACCUUAAUUCAAAACCACCAACCUCUCAUACUAUCAAUUCAUAACCAAUCUUCUUAUUCUUCCUCCUCUUAAUCAUGGCCCACUUCCUUCUACAACAUCUGAGUAAUCUCACACCGUUAAUUCAAUCCACCACCCACUCCCAUUUCUUAAUCUUAAUUAUCGUAAUCAUAACCGUUUUGCACAUCAUAUCAAGAAGAAGCUGUCCCAUCUACCUAUUGGAUUUCGCCUGCUACCGUCCGCCCAACUACUACAGGCUGCCCAUAUCCAUGUUCUUGGAACACACCACAAUCUCCGGCGAAUUCGACUCCAAGAGCCUACACUUCCUGAAGAAAAUACUCGAGAAGUCCGGCUUCGGCCAUGACACAUGCAUCCCUCCACCUAUGAAUCAACUUCCAAUAAACAAGUCCUUAGCAUCCGCUCUCGAGGAGGCAGAAAUCAUCAUAUUCUCCGUCGUCGGAGACCUCUUAAAGAAAACUCAAGUAAUUCCAAAGGAAAUAGACAUUCUAGUCUUGAAUAGUAGCUUAUUCUCCUCCACCCCUUCUCUCAGUGCUAUGGUUAUCAACAGGUUCCGCUUACGGAGCAAUAUCAUGAGCUUCAAUCUCUCCGGCAUGGGGUGUAGCGCUGGGAUAGCAUCUGUCUGUUUGGCUAGAGACUUACUGAGGGUGCACCGAAAUACGGUAGCCCUCGUCGUGAGUAUCGAGAUACUAACACCCAACUGGUAUACUGGGAAAAACCGUUCGAUGCUGGUAACGAACUGCAUGUUUCGCAUGGGUGGUGUGGCCAUCUUGAUUUCCAGCAAGAACCAAGAUAAGAACAAGAGUAAGUAUAUGCUACAACAUCUCAACCGUACAAACAAUGCAAGCGACGAUCGAUCUUAUGGCUGUGUGUUUCAAGACGUGGAUUUGGAAGAUAAGGUCGGAGUUUCUUUGUCGAAGGAGAUAUUGCAUGUUGCUGGAGAUGCGCUUAGAUUGAAUAUAGCUUCAUUGGGUCCUACGGUGCUGCCGUUAUCCGAGCAAAUUCGAUAUGGGUGGUCGGUAAUUCGACAGAAAGUUGGGUUUUCCAACAGAAGAUCGACUGUCUACAUGCCGAAUUUUAAGCGGGCUUUCGAGCACUUGUGUAUACAUGCAGGAGGGAAAGCUGUGAUUGAAGCAGUUGAAAAGAAGCUUGGGUUGAGCGAGGAGGACGUGGAGGCAUCGAAGAUGACAUUGUAUCGGUUCGGGAAUACGUCGUCUUCUUCGAUAUGGUAUGAGCUUUGUUAUAUGGAAGCUAAGAGGAAGGUGAAGAAAGGAGAUCGGGUGUGGCAAAUUUCAUUCGGGAGUGGUUUUAAAUGUAAUAGUGCAGUUUGGAUAUGCAUUUCGGAUGGUCAAUCAAGUGUUGAAAAUGCAUGGACGGAUAGGAUACAUUUGUAUCCGGUGCACAUACCCGACAUGAUCGAGAUAGACUGA